GCCCAGGGAUCGAACCCACACCUCCACGGCGACUGGAGCUGCUGCAGUUGGAUUCUUAACCCACUGUGUUCAUGAGGGAACUGGCUCUUUACUUACGGCCCCUGACAGGAGGCGCUGGAGGAGAGGGUGGGGCACGAGCAUCUCACGGGGACAGAGUUUCAGUUUUGCAAGAUGGGAAAAGUUCUAGAGAUGGAUGAGGGGACGAGUGCCAAACAGCGUGAACGCGCUUCAUGCCACAGAACCACACGUGGGUAAGAGGGCAGCCUUCAUGGUAUGUGCAGUUUACCACCACGUUAAAAACUGGGGGAGCAAGGGAGCCACCCAGUGGGCGCCAGGCCUGCGCCGUGUGCGUGGUUCUGUGGCUCUGGGGCCCUGCGGUCUGACUCCUGCACGACGCGCCAUCAGCUGAGGAGCCAUCAGGUCCCUCCUCCCGCCACCACCAUCCUGCCCCUUAUUUCUGAGUGCGUCACCUGCUGGGGACAAGGCCAUCAACCAUGCAUGGGCACCAGGGCAGGGUCCCUCAGGAGGGUGUGCGUGGCCUGCAGGAGCCUGGACCUCCGGCCCGGACGCCACGGCGAUGUCCACACUGCGACGUGAGAGGUUUCCUUGCCUGCUGGCCGUCCAUGAGGGCCUGGCUCUGAGUAACACAAGAGCCUUCUGGGCCUGGGCUCUCCAGGCUGCAGGAGCAAGAGCCACGUUCUGCACUGUCACCAAGGCCACCCCAGCCUGUCCAGCCUGCUGCCACUCCCCUGGCCAGAUUGCUGACCUGUCCCCGCCAGAGGCCACUGAUGGGCCCCCUGCUGACCUCGAGGGCCUCCGUCUACACCCGCCGUCAGAGAAGCAGGGCCCGCGAGCACAGCCCUCGGGAGAGGGGCCUGAAUGCCACAGAAUUUCGGGAGGGGCCGAGGCCGAGGCCAAGGCCAGGGCACAGACUCUGGAGGAAACGCCACGCCCGCGGGCGGCCCUGGCCUGGUGGCGCUGAACUGCAGCAUGCCCUUCGAGGAGAGCAGGCUGUUCCUGGUGGCGGUGUACAGCGUCGUGUGUGCGCUGGGCCUGCCGGCCAACUGCCUGACCGCCUGGCUGACGCUGCUGCAGGUGCUGCAGGGGAACGUGCUGGCCGUGUACCUCUUCUGCCUGGCGCUCUGCGAGCUGCUCUACGCGGGCACGCUGCCGCUCUGGGUCGUCUACGUCCAGAACCAGCACCGGUGGACGCUGGGCCCGUGGGCCUGCAGGGUCACCGCCUACAUCUUCUUCUGCAACCUCUACGUCAGCAUCCUCUUCCUGUGCUGCAUCUCCUGCGACCGCUUCGUGGCGGUGGUGUACGCGCUGGAGAGCCGCGGCCGCCGCCGCCAGCGGACGGCCAUGCUCGUCUCCGUGACCGUCUUCGCUCUGGUCGGGCUGGUCCACUACCCGGUGUUCCAGAUGGGCGGGGGGGACACGUGCUUCGAGACGCUGCCCAUGGACCGCAAGGCGGCGGGCUUCUACUACGCGCGCUUCACCGUGGGCUUCGCCCUGCCCCUGGGCGUCAUCGCCUUCACCAACCAGCGCAUCUUCAGGAGCAGCCAGCUGAGCGCCAGCCUGAGCGCCGCCCAGAAGGCCAAGGUGAAGCACCUGGCCAUCGCGGUGGUGGCCAUCUUCCUGGUCUGCUUCGCCCCCUACCACCUGGUGCUCCUGGUCAAGGCCGUGGCCUUCUCCUACCACCAGGGAGACCCGGGCUCCAUGUGCGCCUUCGAGGCCAGCCUGUACACGGCCUCCAUGGUGCUCCUGUGCCUGUCCACGGCGAACAGCAUCGCCGACCCCUUCAUCUACGUGCUGGCCGCCGAAGUUUCCCGCCAAGAGGUGUCCCGACUCCACAAGGAGUGGAAAAAGUGGUCCACGAAGACCGACGACACCAAGCUCACGAGCUCGAGAGACUCGGCGGAGGCGGCGGCGCCCGUGUCGCUCAGGAACGGCUGCGUGGGCCCCGGGCCCAUCCGGCCCCCGGGGCCACCGCCGGGCACCCUGGAGAGGCUGAUGGAGGAGUCCUGCUGAGCCUGGCCCGCUGCAGGGUCCAGGCGCAGGUCCAGGCCCAGCGGCGCGGGGUGCCCGUCCACGGAGCCCUUGGGCCAGCAUCCGCGGCGCGGCGUGGAGCCCCCUCUGGGUGACAUGCCACCGGCUUCUCGUUCCUGGAGCCUCUGCCCCGUGGGGGAACCGGCCCCCCGAUUUCCCCACUGGGUGCCGACGCCCCCCAAGAAGGGGGCAGCAGGCCGAGGCCAGAGGCGAUUCUUCCGGGCUGCAGGGAGAUGCGGGGCAGGCAGGAGGACGUGUCCGGCCGGCUCCCUCAGCUGAUAGCAGACCGCGGGGCCGCUGGCACAGGCCCGUGCCUGCCGUGCGGGGUUAGUGCUCCCGCAUGAUCACUUCACUGUCCCUGCUUCUCUGCAGGCCUGGCUGGGAUGACCACGGCCGGCCACGCUGGGGCCUUGGUGCUCCUGCUCCAGAAUGCCCGUGCCAACCGGGCCUCUCCUGCAGUGCCUGGUCACGCGGGCAGCCCGGGACCAGCGCGGCAGGAGCCCAGCCCGAGGGGCCUCGGCUGGGGGGGGGCUCUGUGCCCAGCAGGGCUGCUGCAGACCCUCGGGGCAGCUGUGGGGCAGGGAGCAGCCCCCAUGUCCUCUAGUGGGUCCCGGGUGCCCGUGUCAGGAACGCCCACCAGCCGGGACUGCGGCUGGGCACCCGGGAGGGGUGACGCACCGCCAAUGGGCUCCGAGGGUGGUGGCGAUUCCGCCUCACCAAGGCUUCCUGGCUUCGGGAAGAAGUGAGCCGAGGGCCGGGCCAGGCCGCACGACUGCCUCAGGGUCCUGAUCUGUACAGGGCCAGGGACAGCUACCUCAGCGGACGGGCGGCGGGGCUGCCCGCUCCCCCUGCCUCGGGGGGCUCACGCACACGUAGCACAGAGUCCCGCACCCGGAGGCACGGCCCAGGGAUCAUUCAAUUAAGUCCUCAGGAGUUCCCUGGUGGCCUAGCAGUUAAGGAUUCGAUGGCGUUGUUCCUGCUGUGGCUCAUGUUUGCUCCCUGGCCUGGGCCUUCUGCGGGCUGCAGGCACGGCCUCGCGAUCAGCCAAUCAAUAAACCCCUGUUUCCAGAAA